AUGCUGAUGAUUCCGUCCAAGGUCGCCGGCCAUACCCGGUUCCUGCUCGACAGCUUUAGUGAUUCCGAUGCCGACUCCAUCGCCCAAGAGAUUUGUCAGUUGGUUGAUUGUGAAGUCGAGACUAGUAUUCCAGUUCUCAAGACAUGCCUGGAUUGCUUCACCGGCCGGAGAAGCCAGCCUAAUGCCUUGCAGCUUGAGAAAGUAGUAUCCUUGGUAUUUAAACGUGUGAUGAAAACGUCCAAUUCUGGGACCGUGCUUUCUCACGCACUGAAGGAUGUUGAGCUCACUGAUGACUUUGUCGAUGAUUUGACUACUGCAUUGGGCUUUUCAAUCUCCGAGAAAAUUAGCUUUGCUCUGGCCCUGACCGAUUUUGAAAGAUCUGAUGCUAAGACUAGUGGACGAAACUUAUUAUUGGCCCAGAUUGAGCAUCUCUCUGCCAAUACUGGCCAGAUUGAGUCAACCGAGCAAAUUCAAAACGUUCUUUUGUUUCUCCAGAAAUCUGAGGAUCUUUCCAGGCAUUUGGAUUCCUUCCUACAGAUUUUGUCUUCUGCUCAACCUAGUGAUCAGUUCUCUUUUGCUCUAACUCCUAUCCUUUCUCAGGAAGCUGAUGUUUUCAGUGAUUCUGCUGAAAACGAGAUUGAUGCUAUCUUAGCUGAAAUCGACAAGGAAGUUUGUGUUGGAGAUCUCAUGGAAGAAUUAGGCUGUGGGUUCACUGCUGAUGCCCAACAAUGCAAAGAGAUCUUGUCUAGUUUCGCACCAUUAAGCGAGGCUACUAUCUCAAGAAUUCUUGGUAAUGUUGCUCGUACAUGUGCUGAUUUUGAAGAUAAUCAAUCCUCCUUUUCAACAUUCAGUCUGGCCCUUGGCUGCUCCGUUCCAACUGAACUUCCCACGCCAAGGUCGUGGAAUGUUGACAUUCUAAUUGAAACAAUCAAGCAGCUUGCUCCUGGCACAAGCUGGAGGAAAGUAAUUGAGAAUCUCGACCAUGAUGGAUUUGACAUCCCUAAUAUGGAGUCGUUCUUGUUUUUCAUGCGACUAUAUAAAACUGCCUGCAAGGAACCAUUUCCUCUUGAUGCUGUAUGCGGUUCUGUCUGGAAAAAUAUGGAAGGUCAAUUAUCCUUUCUUAAGCAUGCAGUAGCAGCCCCACCAGAAGUAUUCACCUUUAUGUAUUCUCCAAGGAAGCUGGUAUAUAUAGAUAACAACAUGCACAGCCAUGAGCAACAGUUAGGUCUUUCCAAUCAUGCGUGGCUGUCUCUCGAUCUCUUAGAUGUGCUAUGCCAACUGGCCGAGAGAGGUCAUACUGUAUUAGUUAGUUCGUUGCUCCAGUAUCCACUCACACAUUGUCCUAGAACCUUGCUUCUUGGAAUGACACACGUCAAAACUGCCUAUAAUUUCAUCCAGCGUGAGGUGGUUUCUGCUCUUCUUCCAGUGAUAAUAACGAAUUCACAGGAUAGUGCUUUUAUCCUAAAUCUCUGGCAUCAGAAUGCUGAACUAGUUCUGUGGGGGAUUGUAAAUGCCCAAAAUCUUAAAGCAGACAGCAUGCUUAGAGUAAUCGAAAUCUGCCAUGAGCUUAAGAUUCUCUCUGUUGUUUUAGAAUCAGUUCCAGUCUCAUUCAGCAUCAGGUUGGCAGUCCUUGCCUCACUGAAAGGCUUUUUGGACCUUGAGAACUGGUUGCCAAACUGUCUAUAUGUGUAUAAGGACCUCUUUGCUGAGGAGUGUCUCAAAUUUUUCAAGAAUGUGCGUUUUAGCGAGCCAGAAGAUUUUACUUCCAAACAUUUUCAUCCUUCUGAUCCUUUAUUAGAUCUUCAUUUGGAAGCAACGACUUUGCUUUUGAAAGUUUUAAAAGCUCAUGAUAAUGUUAUUUCUUCACCUCAACUGGUCGAAGAGAUAGAAAAGGUCAAUGCUGCAAUCUUGGAUUGUAAUUCGAAGCUGCAGAAUGGUGAAGCCAAAGAUUCAUCAGCUUCCAAUGCAUAUGGAGAUGAUGUUGAGGCUGAAGCAAACGCUUAUUUCCAUCAAAUGUUUUCUGGUCAGUUGAGUGUUGAUGCAAUGGUUCAAAUGCUUUCUCGAUACAAGGACUCUUUGGUUCAAAGGGAGAAAUUAAUUUUUGAUUGCAUGAUUGCUAAUCUGUUCGAGGAGUAUCGAUUUUUCCCGAAGUAUCCAGAGAGACAACUGAAAAUAGCCUCCAUCCUCUUUGGUUCUGUUAUCAAGCACCAGCUUAUAAGCUCCCUUACACUGGGAAUGGCCCUGCGUCUAGUCUUGGAUUCUUUGCGUAAACCUGCAGAUUCAAAAAUGUUUCUAUUUGGAAGCAAAGCUCUGGAACAAUUCCUGAGCCGUCUGGUUGAACUGCCUCAAUAUUGCAACCAUAUUUUGCAAAUAUCUCAUCUGCGUAGCACUCACCCUGAGUUAGUCACGGUUAUUGAAAAAGUACUUUCAAAGAUAUCAUCUGGUAAUUUAGAAUCAGAUGCCUCUGUUUCACACCCUGGACCCUCACAGACAUUUCCUGGAAAUGGCGAGUUGAAUGGUUCUGGAAUUGGCCAAUCUGCAUUACAGCUUUCUUCUUAUGGACAGCCUCAACAGAAAAAUGAAGCGCAUAUUGAUGACCGCAGCAAAGUGCCAACUGUCCCAUCUAACGAGGCGAAGCCAGUUCUGCCCUCGUCAUCUACCGCUUCCACUGAUAAUUCUGUCAUUGCCAAGACUCUUGGCAUUUCAACAUCUUCAUCAACCUCAGCUGGUUUUGUUCGUCCAGCACGUGGUGCCACUUCGACCAGGUUUGGCUCUGCUUUGAACAUAGAAACACUGGUUGCAGCAGCGGAGAGAAGGGAAAACGCUAUCGAGGCGCCACCUUCUGAUAUUCAGGACAAAAUUUCUUUCAUAAUCAAUAAUAUCUCUAUAGCGAACAUAGAAUCUAAGGGGAAAGAGUUUGCUGAGAUUUUGCCUCAACAGUACUAUCCUUGGUUCGCACAGUAUAUGGUUAUGAAAAGAGCCAGCAUCGAGCCCAAUUUUCAUGAUUUGUACUUGAAAUUCUUGGACAAAGUUGAUUCCAAGCUGUUGUUUAAGGAGAUACUUCAAAAUACAUACGAAAAUUGCAAGGUUCUUUUGGGUUCGGAGCUCAUAAAAUCAAGUUCGGAAGAGCGUUCUCUGCUUAAAAAUUUAGGCAGCUGGCUUGGAAAGUUGACCAUUGGAAGGAAUUACGUUUUAAGGGCGCGGGAAAUAGAUCCCAAAUCCUUGAUUGUGGAGGCAUAUGAAAAAGGGUUGAUGAUAGCAGUCAUUCCUUUUACUUCAAAGGUUCUGGAGCCAUGCCAAAAUAGUAUUGCGUAUCAGCCUCCCAACCCCUGGACGAUGGCUAUACUCGGGCUGCUCGCUGAGAUCUAUUCAAUGCCAAACCUAAAAAUGAAUCUGAAGUUUGACAUAGAGGUUUUAUUCAAGAACCUUGGUGUUGAUUUGAAGGAAGUAGCGCCAACUUCCCUUCUAAAGGAUCGGAAGAGAGAAAUAGAUGGGAACCCUGAUUUUAGCAACAAGGAUCUUGGAGUAACACAUAUAUCUCAACCACAAAUAAUUCCGGAGCCUAAAAUAAGUUCUCCUCUUAAGCAAAUAGACCUACCUCUUGAUGUUACAAAUUCACCUAAUACAGAUGCCCCCUCCAAGUUAUUAUCACAGUAUGUAGCCCCUCAACGCGCUUAUACUAAUACUUUGGAAGAUGAAAAAGUGGCAACUCUAGGCUUGCCUGAUCAGCUCCCGUCACCUCAAGGACUGUUUCAGUCAACUCCAUCCCCAUUGUUUUCUAUUAGCCAGCUGUCAGUAGCACUUCCCAACAUUGGAAAUCAUGUUGUUAUCAAUCAGAAAUUAAGCACAUUUGGUAUGCAAUUUCCAUUUCAGAGGGUGGUACCACUUGCCAUGGACAGAGCUAUCAAGGAGAUUGUGUCUGGUAUUGUUCAGCGAAGUGUUUGUAUUGCUUGCCAAACAACAAAAGAGCUUGUGCUGAAGGAUUAUGCUUUGGAACCAGAUGAAACACGUAUAAAUAAUGCAGCUCACUUGAUGGUUGCGAGUUUAGCUGGGAGUUUGGCCCAUGUGACAUGCAAGGAACCUCUACGCACUUCAAUAUCAGGUCAUCUACGGAACGCGCUCCAAGGUCUGAAUAUUGCAAAUGAUGUUCUAGAACAAAUUGUGCAACUUGUCACCAAUGACAACCUUGAUUUGGGCUGUGCUGCCAUUGAACAGGCGGCUACAGAGAAGGCAAUACAAACUAUUGAUGCGGACAUUGCCCAGCAAUUGUCAUUGCGGAGAAAGCAUAGAGAUGGUGCUGGAUCGUCCUUUUUUGAUCCAAACAUGCUAUCGCAAAAUUCUGUCAGUUUUAUACCAGAGUCCCUCCGCCCAAAACCGGGACACCUGUCUCUGUCUCAGCAGCGAGUUUAUGAGGACUUUGUUCAACUACCGUGGCAAAAGCAGUCAAACCAAACUUCACACGGUUUAUCUGCUGCUUCAAGCUCAUCUGGCGAUGUUGGGCUUGGUAAUGGUUAUGGUCCAGUAUCAGGAAAAAUUGCUUCUGACCUUUUGUCUAGUGCUGGAAACGCUCGGAUGGAUAUGGUAUCCCGGCCUUCAGAUAUUUCUGUUGAGGGUUUUGAAUCUUCUCCAGUUUCACUUUUGAGGUGCUUUUGCUGUCGCAGAUUGAUAAAACUGCUUACUUUUCUUCCCUCAUAUUUCAUAGCUGAUAUGUUGAAUUUCAUUUUGCCUGUGGUCAAAGCUCACAAGUUGAUUCAGCUGGUGACGCAGCCGGUCUUCAAUUCUCUAAAUCUCUUCCGACUUCUGAAUUGA